GGAAUUCCUUCGUACGUAACGGUACGGCGUCGUCGUGGUAGUGCUGAAUUUGGCUAGCGGUGAACUUUGCUAAAAUUUGGCCGGAAAUUGACGUUUUUUUGCCGAGUUCGCGUGUGUUGGUGCGAUUUUUGUAAUUUCGCGUCAAUGUUUGCGGAGUUGGUCCUGGCGACGGUGGUGGUCUCCCAAGUGGAUGUUCAUUAGUGAAACCAUACGGAGCAACGACGUGUUCCGCGUGCCGGAAGUGGGUGCGUUCAGGAAGGGGCAUUCAGAAAAGAGUGUUCGAAUAACAGAUGUCAGCGUUGAUUGGGUGGGAGCAGGACGGGGGCAUCCUUUAAUGAAGUGGUGCUUGUACUCGAGAGGUGUGACACAAUGUUGAGUCGGCAAGGCUAGGAGUCGUGUAUUGGAUUACCUCGCGGGAAAUCGGCUGGCGGCAGGAGAAGGAUCUGCCAACGGCGGUUGACGCAAAUACUUACGAGGAAAUCGCAAUCAACUUCCGUCAGUUAAGUGGAACCACUUUAAGCAGCUGAGAAGGCGAAUCUUCACAUGAGUGGUAAGCUGAAGAAGCGAUAGUUUAUAAUACGGAUUAAGCGAGAACGCAACACACUCGAGGAAGGACCGGAAGGGGUCUGGGUUUGCCGGCGGAAGCAGGAGGGGGAAAACGAUUUUCCGGUCUUUGAAUAAGUAGUUCAAGUGGGAGCUGGUAGGUUUCGCCGGAGGAAAAGGAAAUUCGAAACAAAAGCACGAAGAAGACGGAAAAGGAAGAGGAGCAGAACAGGAAGAAGGCAGGUCGUCGACGGCUCAGUGGAUGCUUAGUCUGGAUUAGCGGAGGUGGAGUCGUCGUCGUUGUGGUCGUAGACGUUUGUCGUUUUGUCGUUGAACGGAAUCGCCUUGCCUUCAAGAUUAUAUAGUGUGGCAGUUGAAGAAACCUGUAUAGGAAGAAGAAAUUUUCACCCAGUUGUGUUUCGGGAAAGGGGUUGUUGUGUAGUGUUGAGCUCGUGUGUUUUUGUGUUCGUGUGUCACGUGGUGGAAUAACUGUGUUGGGGAUCGCUUGGAUUUGGCGGAUUAUAGCAACUCGUACAUAAACACGGGAAUAACUCGUGAUGGCCGAUAAAGAUAGAUGUAUCGUUGUGAGUGUGCUGCUGGCGUUGCUGUGUUGGGUUCACAAUUGUGCGGCAUCACCGGGACUUCGGAAUUUGGCACUGGUCAUUAAGCCCCCCUGGGUGCGGCGAGGUCAGGAAGCCCAGCUGCACUGCCAGUACGAGAUGGAGGGUGCGCCACUGUACUCGGUCAAGUGGUACCGGGGCACGUUGGAGUUCUACCGGUACUCACCGUUCGAGAACCCGCCGGCCAAGAUCUUUCCGUUUACCGGCAUCAAGGUUGACAUGACGGUCUCGAACGCAACGCACGUCACCCUGCGGAACGUGGGCUUCAACCUGUCCGGGAAUUUCACCUGCGAGGUGACGGCGGACGCGCCCUCGUUCUACACCGGCGUCGCCACCAACGUACUCACGGUUGUCGAGCUGCCCCACUCGGUGCCCACGCUGUGGACGGAACACACAAAGUACGACCCGGGGGACAUCCUGCGGGCCAACUGCUCGACACCCCCGUCCAAGCCGGGCGCCGCCAUCACCUUUUUGCUGAACAGUAUGACGGUUGGAACUGAACCGACUGUGUUACAUCCAACGCACGACAAUCUGCAUUGGGCGUCUCGAGACCUGAACAUUCAGCUCCUGCCGUCCCAUUACUCCACCGGCCAGCUAAUCCUGCGAUGUUUGGCCGAGGUGGGCAACAUCUACUCGGAGGUGUCCCAGGCGCCGCUGGAGAGUAGCCGGAAGGAGCCCAUUCCCGAGCGAGUGACGUCACCAAACGGAUCUCCCGGUCCGAAGCUGCCCCCGUGGGCCAGCCUGCUGCUGAUGGGGAUGACCGCAGUGCUGCUGAGCCACCACCACCACCUCCACCAACUUCAUCCCCUGCACCGGCAGCACGUGGACGCCACGAGAUAGUUCCCUGCCGGCAGCAGCACCCCGACAAAAACCGUAGUGUCCUCGUCCUCGUAAAGAGAGCUCCCUCCCAAUGGCAGUCCUUCGCUCGUCGGUUGUAAUGAUGUGUCCAGUUGUUUUGGCCCUUCCCCACCACACGCCACCACAGUGUCCACAAGUUUACCCUCCCUGGGAGGCGAGGGGGUCAUCCUUAAAUGGCAAGCGAAUCAGUAGCAGCGAUUCUCUGGGAAUGUGCGAAUCUUUUCAAUCUUUUCAAAUGUUUUUUCCCAUUUGUUUUUUAAUUGAUAUUGAUAUUUAACGCUCAGAAAAAAAUAUUUUUCAGAAAUGUUACUUUUUGAGUACAUUACACUUGCCAUUUCUACGAUUUAUUUUAUCAUCAGAAGUGGGUGGGCCAGAUUUUGAAGAUAAAGGCCCUCUAAGUUUUCAAUCAUCCAAAUCCAAAUGUAUCGAAACAAUCUGGCCUACUCUCCUCUUAUGUUGAAAUAAACCGUGAAUGAUGCCAUUUUGAAAAAAAAAUCUUUGAUAGUAAUUCUCCCAAGAAUAAGCAAAUUUAUUGGAAAUGUAACUUUGUCUUUAUUUGGACGAAACCUUGUGUGUACUUUUUCUAUGACCAAAGAAGACAUUUUGCAUUAUUGGUUCCAUACAAUUGUGGCAGCUGUCUAUACAAAAUGGUUAUUGAAACAUUCAAAAAGGGCCACCUAUAUUUCAGUUUUAGACAUUCUUAGUGACGUUUUGGAAUGUUGACAGUUUCCCGAGCAGGGGUAAAUAGCACGGGAGUACCGAAUUUUGGUAUUACAGGGACCAAAAUGUGCCCUUGGUUGCCCAGUAAUAGAUGGUAAAAUACCAUGAAAUCAUACCAAAUUCUAGUAUGUGGAAGGGCACAACAAUACCAAACCAUGUUAUUCCAAGGGUAAAAUAAUACCUCAAAAUAAAACCAUUUCAAUACCAAGUUGAGGUCUUCUGGAUUUUUGAUCAUUGCUUGAAUACCAAAACUUGGUAUUGCCAUGGUUUUAUUUUUAGGUAUUCCCGCGCCCUUGGAAAAUCAGAUUUUGGUAUUCCUGUGGUCUUCCACAUACAUGAUUUUGGUAUGAUUUCAUGGUAUUUUACCAUCUAUUACUGGGCAACCAAGAGCACAUUUCGGGUCGCUGGUAUUUGCACAAGAAAUACCUAAAUUUGGUAUUUUCAUACCAUUUUUAGUGCAACAGUUGCAGUUAGUGAAAAAACGGAAAUGAUCCAUAUGCAACAGCCAAAUCUACUCACCUGAUGAUUCCAUGUUGUUCUUAGUGAUAUUCUUCACCACAUUGAAUGCAUUUGUCAUUGAUGAACGGCCUGUGCUUGAAGUUCUUGAAGAUUCUAAAAAAUAACAAGAUUGAAAAAUAAGUGUUAUUAAAAUGAAACUGGAUUGAAAUUCACCAAAAUUCUAUAAUCUGUCGAUUAACUCGUUUUUCAAAGUAUUUGGUUAUCCCAACUUAGAGAAAUUUCAACGUUUAAAAAAAAAAUCUUAGUGGGUAUAUAAAAAAAAAAAGAAAAUCAGCUUUAAAAUUUUUGGGCUUCAAGUCAUUUUAGCGCAAAAUUAAUUAUCUCAUUAAAAUUUAUAAAAAAAAUUCCCAUAGUUUCUAAGGAAUUUGAUGAAACCUUUCAAUACCAAAAUGUGGCAUCCUGACUUAGAUUUAUUUCCACAAUUUCAAGUCAUUUCUUUAGGGGGUCUAUCAAAAAUGUUUGAAAUCAAGUUUGAAAUUUCCGGUUUUCAAUGAAAGCUUUCGCUUUGAGACAUCAUUUAAGCGCAAAAUUAAUUAUUUUGUCAAAAUUGGUCAAAAUUUUUCCAAAGUUUCAGAGGAAUUUGAUAUAACACUUUAAUACCAAAAUAAUACCAAAAUGUGCCAUCCUGACUUAGAAAAUUUUCCACAAUUUCAAGUCAUUUCUUUAGGGGGUAUAUCAAAAAUGUUUAAAAUCAAGUUUGAAAUUUCCGGUUUUCAAUGAAAGCAUUCGCUUUGAGACAUCAUUUAAGCGCAAAAUUAAUUAUUUUGUCAAAAUUGGUCAAAAUUUUUCCAUAGUUUCAGAGGAAUUUGAUAAAAUACUUUAAUACCAAAAUAAUACCAAAAUGUGCCAUCCUGACUUAGAAAAUUUUCCACAAUUUCAAGUCAUUUCUUUAGGGGGUCUAUCAAAAAUGUUUAAAAUCAAGUUUGAAAUUUCCGGUUUUCAAUGAAAGCAUUCGCUUUGAGACAUCAUUUUAGCGCAAAAUUAAUUAUUUUGUCAAAAUUGGUCAAAAUUUCCCAUAGUUUCAGAAGAAUUUGAUACCAGAGAAAGGUAUUAUUACGCAUUUCCCUUGUUAUUUACCCAUGCUCGGGUUGGUGCGCAUGAAUUGCCCCAUUGCCGGUUUCCCGCACGGCUGACCAACAAAAUUUUUGCGCAGGCUCAUCGCAAGAAGCCUUUCUGCCAGAAACACGUACAUUUUGAAUUUGUUUGGCAUUUCGCGUAGAUGAUUUCCAGCAUGUUGUGCCAGUAAUAAGAGUAAACUAAUUAAGCUAAUCUUUUAAGCUCCCGAAGUCCCUGGGAGGUUAUAUUAUAAACCAAGUGAGAUAUAGGGUUAAGUGCACUCAAAGAGCUUUUAAAAAGUUCUUGUUGAGAGCUUACGAGAACAGUCACAUGAAAAUAUACCUGAAGUCGGUUUUUCCAAUGAACCAAUGUGGUGCAUGCUAAACACAAUACGUUUUUAACUGGCAGCAAGCAUAACACUGCUUUAAACGUAAAUGUCAACUAGAACAAGCUCAGUGCAGUUAAGAAGAGCUCUUAGGGCCGAUGCAUGUCUGAUAUGGGGAUACCCUCUGACUAGAGACCCUAAAUAGCUGGCUAAAUCGAUCUGGCAACGUAUGUUUUGAGCUUGGCAACACUGAUAAGUUUUGCUGGGCGUUAAGGGCAAAUGCUCGUUUGGAUACGUCAUACUCGUGUCUGUUUGGGUACGUCAAAUUCACUUCGACCAGUCUCCCUAUUAAGGAUCUCUACCUCUGGCUCGAUUCUUUUGGCAAUAAUAAGUAACUAUGCUAACUUUGAGCCAAAUCGGUUAAGGUUAAAAGGACGCUUUUUAUCGAUGUAGUUUAUAUAUAGUUUAUUAUUUUACGAAGUAUUUUUCUGCCAGGUCUCGCCCAAAAUGGUUCAAGUGUGAGAUUUUUGUAGGAAAUUCAAUUCUCUACAACUCUGUUGAAUGAUGCAAAACGAUCCGAGUUGCCUAAAAAAUCGAGCCAGAGGGUAUCUCUUGAGAUUUUGCAUAAUUUUAAAUUUUUCUUGUCACCCUACUGCGCAGUCAUUUUUGACAAUUUGUGUAGGUCAGUGUCAUUGUUUCACAUGUCUUCAGUUUUUCUCAAUAAUGUUGGUAAAGUUGAAAAAAAAUUUGGAAGUUUUUGGUGAUUUUUUUUCUAUUGAUGAUUUAGCAAAAUAUUAGGUAUUUCGUCAGAGAUAUUUGAACCAAAAACUUCUGCAAUGUUUUUUCAGCAAAUGUAAAGGGAUUUUUCUGAUCCUUUUGACAACAAAAAAAACACAAGAUUGGUUUUCUCAGAUUUCGGUCAUUCGAUUUUUUUUUAUAUUUUUUAAUCCGACUGAAAC